GGUCUCUUACUUUUCCUUUCGCAAAUCAAAACAAAUCGCACAUCACAAGUCACCAAAACACAUACUCUUUGCUUUGCUUUAGGCCAAAGUUGAGCACAAAGGAAUAUGAGAUGCUCAGAAUAAAGGAGUGUGAUUAGAAAAAAAAAAUGAAUGAGAAUUUGGCAAAGCAUCAUGUGAUGAUGGAUGCUCGUUCAUAAGAAAAACUAACUAUAUUUGUAACUGUUCCUCUCAUUUCAGGCAUAACUCUCAUGAUUCUCACCAUUCUCAAAAUAAAAUAUGAGCACAAUCCCACUGUACCCUUUUCAAAUAUUUUAAGGCUACAGCACGAAGUCCUAAAAUAGAGGAGAAAAUGGGGCUUGAGAUUGACCCACCUGCUGGUUUUCUGCAGCUAUGGCAACUCACAGAAUGAAGAGUGAAUUGGGUUUUGGUGUUGAGAUAGCCAGUUGUGAUGACAGAAAACUGUUUUUUUUCAUCUGGGUGUGUAGUUUUCAAUCCUUAUCAUCUUUGAAGUUGUUAAAGUUUGAAUCUUUUCUACUUGAGGGGCUGAGCAAUGGAACCUCCCACAGGAUUUUGGGCUUCAAUAUGGAACUUUGUUUGCUUUCUACCUUUCUUCAUCGGUCUUUGGCUUCUUGGCAACAUCAAAGGUGUCAUUUUGUUCCCACUGAUAUGCUUAAUAAUGACAAUUGCCAACUCAGCUAUCAUAUGUGGUCUUUGGCCUAUACAUUGUAUUUGGACAUAUUACUGUGUAGUUAGAUCAGAAAAAUUAGGACCUGCACUGAAGUUUGUUGCAUGCACAUGUCUACUACCCUUGGUGUUGAUGUUAUGGCCAUUGGUUGGCAUUGUUGGAAGUGUUAUAGGUGGAGCAGCCUAUGGAUUUUUUGCACCAAUAUUUGCUACUUUUGAAGCUGUAGAGGGAGGAAAAGAGUACAAACUUUUCCAUUGUUUCAUUGAUGGAACAUGGACUACUAUUACAAAGACCUUUGAUAUUGUCAAGGAUGUGAAAAAUGAAUGCUACGAUACUUAUUUAUCGGUUAUGGAUGACCUCUUGCAACCAAAGGAUCCAGAUGGAAAAUAUUACGACAUCAGGCUGCAAUAUCUUCCUGGAGCUAUUGUGGCUAUGGUUCUUGGGGUCAUAGUUGACACACCAAUUAUAUCUACAAUUGCUACAUGUAAAGCCCCUUACAUGCUUUUUAAAGGGUGGAACCGUCUUUUACAUGAUCUUAUAGGUCGUGAAGGUCCUUUCUUGGAGACAAUAUGUGUGCCCUUUGCAGGCCUUGCCAUCAUUCUGUGGCCAUUGGCUGUUGCUGGGGCGGUUCUGGCAUCUGUGUUGGCUAGUUUCUUUCUUGGUGCCUAUGCAGGUCUUAUCACUUAUCAGGAGUCUUCUUUUUGGUUUGGCCUAAGGUACAUUGUUGCAGCUGUGUCCCUUUAUGAUGAAUACAGCAAUGAUAUUCUUGACAUGAAAGAUGGAUCCUUCUUCCCAAGGCCACAAUAUCGAAAAAAGGCUGAAUUGAAACCAUCACCAAGGACACUUCCCCAUUCAAAUUCCCUCACAAAAACAAACUCCUUAACAAAGACACUCUCUCGUGCAAUAUCACUGAAAAAUAUACCCGAGUUCAAACCAUUUGAGCUGUUGGAUGGCUUGUUCAAGGAAUGCCAUCAGCUUGGAGAAUCACUGAUUUCUGAAGGGCUAAUAACACAUGAAGACAUACAAGAAGCAAAGUUUGGCAAAAGGGGUAGAGUCAUUAGAAUUGGCUUGCCAGCUUAUUGCCUUCUCCAAGCACUUUUUCGUUCCGUAAAACACAACUCUUCUGGUAUAUUGAUAAGUGAGGAUACUGAACUAACUACAUCAAACAAACCGAAAGAACAGUUUUUCGAAUGGUUCCUUAAUCCCCUUUUGGUCAUUAAAGAACAAAUCAAAGCUGAAAAUCUUAAUGUGUCAGAAGAGGACUACUUUGGCAAACUAGUCCUCUUCAAUGGUGAUCCCACCAGGGUAGAAAAAUCAUUUAUAAGGCAAGAAGGUACUGAAUUUGCUGAACGUAAACGUGCUGAACUUCAUGCAUUGGCAAGAAGACUUCAAGGGAUCACCAAAUUCAUCACAAGGUUUCCUACCUACAAGAGGCGUUUUGAUGUUAUCUUAAACACACUCUCUGAUGAGCUUGCUGAGAAGCAUGGUGCUUCCAAAAUAAUCAGAUCAAAAAGUGCUUUUCCUCGGAUACUAAGUUUGAGAUCCUUCAAUUGCCAAACAUCUAAAUCAAAUGAUUCUGGUCAGGAGGAGUCUGAACAUACAAGAGAUUUGGAAACUUCAUUAUAGCAACAUCAUGUGAUAUUAUUACAUAGUUUUAGUCUGCAAAGCAGAUGUAAAUCAUUACUUUUUUCUUUUGUUUUUGUGUCACUGAUAGUUGUUGACCCUUUUGUGUUUGUUUGUUGUACACCUACAUACCCCUACUCAUUCAUAGAUAUGACAGAAAAAUGUAGC